AGAUUUCAAACAAGRAGUCGUCGUCCMUGUUUUUGUAMUCCUGAAUUUUUGAAGUUAUCCAAARGUUAUCCGUUUACAUCGGCCAGAAAAAAGCGUUUCUGUCGSUCAAUUUAUCAAAAGUUUAUAGUUGAAACCCUUAUUAUUCUAUUAUUCUAUUUUUUUAUACCCCAAAUUCCCAUUAUAUAUCAUAAUUAUGGUUCACAAGUUGAGAAUAGCAGUCGUUUGUUCAAGUAAUCAAAACCGAAGUAUGGAAGCUCAUAAUUUCCUAAGCAAGAGAGGAUUCGAUGUGAAAUCUUAUGGCUCAGGAACACACGUAAAGUUACCAGGAUCAGCUCCAGACAAACCCAACGUUUAUACAUUCGAUACUACAUACGAAGAAAUGUAUAAAGAUUUAUUGCGAAGAGACUCAAACUUAUAUACACAAAAUGGAAUUCUACACAUGCUGGACAGAAAUAAAAGAAUAAAAGCCAACCCAGAGAGAUUCCAGGACACAACAGAUGAGUUUGACCUUAUCAUCACAGCUGAAGAACGAGUGUUUGAUCAAGUUAUUGAACACCUGGAAAGCAUUGGACAACAGUCUUACACUCCUGUACAUGUAAUAAAUAUUGACAUUCAAGAUAACCACGAAGAGGCUACAAUAGGAGCUUUCCUCAUAUGCGAAAUUUGUAAAGAUAUACAAGAACUUGAUGACGUUGAAGACGAAAUCGACGAAGUGAUUCAGAAGUUCGAAAAGAAAUGCAAAAGAAAUUUAUUGCAUACCGUAGCAUUCUAUUAACAUCCCUUAAUUUAAUUUACUGUAAAUAUUUUSGCUMUUAUUAAUUAGAACAUGAAACCUUUGCUAUGCAGUA